UCGGUCGCGCCCGCCAUGUCGUUUAUUUCCGAGAAUGUCGACGAGCACCAGAAGACGGUCACGUUCAUCAAGGAACAAUAUGACGACCACAUGAAGAUCGUGAUGUUUUCCUUCACGCCAACAUCGCUGACGUCGUCCCGGUUUGGAACCUCACGACUGGACGUGGUGCACGACUUCAACACUGGCGUUCAGUAUAUCAUAGACCAGAUGCGCGGGAACUGCACCACCACGAAAAUAGACCAGGGAAUGUUUGAUGACGUCACAUCCGACAUCCAGCACGUGCGAAUACGGACAGCGCGCGAGUUCUUCUACUUCAAUUCUGUGUACACGUACGAGGGAGUGAAAAACAUCCGCGGCGUGGACUGUGACACGUGGGUCUCUCAGCGAACAGACUACCCCGCCAUCAUGCCGCAAAACUCCACCUGGGAGUGGGCCUUUGUCAGUAACAACUGGACAUCAGCCUAUGAUUUCACCGCUAAAUACAAGACCCCAAUUCCAUGGCAAGUGUCUAUCACAAUUCCUGGGAUGUCAGUAUCAAGCAAGGUGAACCUGUAUGAGUUCGAUGCCAGCGCCCCCAAGGUGUUUGAGUUUGACAUCACUAACUGCCUGGCUAACAAACGAAAACGAACAUUCCAGUUCGCAUUCCCAGCGUCCACGACCAGCACGAUCGUGGUUAACAAAGUCUCGUUCCGCUACUCUCUGCUCAAGUCCAUCCUCCAGGCGACAUCAGUAUCUCCUUUACGAGUCUCCAACCUACAGACAGAAAUUAUUAAGACACUGCCUACAGUGACCUUUGACCUCCUGGACGUUGCUCCUAUCAAAGGUGACUCCACCGUGACGGUGGUGGAGCCUACGAUAGACGAUGCGGCCAACCGGAUCAUCAGCAAGGUGUCCAGUGGGCAGUUCGUCGUCAUGAUGCAGGCGAACUCUCUAGCCGACCCUCAGUUCCUAGUACCAACAGCGAACAGUCUAAGGGAGCUAACUGUGGGGGCAAGUGGUACUGUGACGAGCCCUUUCAUUCUACAUAAGACAACUCGGCCUCCUGUUCGGACCAGACCACCGAGUGUAGCCCCAGUACGAACGGCAUUUCCAACACGGAAACCGGCUCCAACACGGCCGACGUUAACGAGGUUUCCCUUCCAGACAUUCACCGACAAGAACGUACUGUGCCAGGGGUCCAUAGAUGGGUACACUGCCGGCACGAUGGCUGGCGUGUCGGUUGCCAUGGUGAUAUUUGGAGGUUUCAUGGGCGGAGGAUUCGCUGUGCUGUUGUCAAGGAGACGACGAAUAGUAUAACUGAAACAUGUUCGAUUUUAGUUUCUCGGCCAAUAUAAAUAUAGUCAAUAUUAGAUAUUAAUAGUUAUCUUGUGAGUUUAUUCAUGUUGACUUUUCAUUCUCAGCCAAUAUAAAUAGUUUUUUGUAGUUGUUUUUUUCCCCCCUUUUUUGUUUUCUUCCUUUUUUUUGGGUGGUGGUGGGGAUGGUGCUUGUUUUGGGGUUAUUGUUGUUGGUGAUUUUGUUGUUGUUGUUGUUUAGUUUUUUUGCCUUGCCUUGCCUAUUCGUACUGGUCAUGAUACUUGGCUUGUGUAUUUUCGAAACCCCUCCCUGCUCCAGGAAAAAAAAAAUUCUUGGGGAAGAUAACUCGACAUCACCCCAUGAACUUCGAUCGCCCCCUCCUUCUAAAAUCCCUGCACCCGCGUUUUGCUCUGCGGUUCUGCUAUUCAAGAGCUGGACAGACAUUCGGGCGGUUAUAAUCCCUCUCUGCCAUCGAGUGGACUCAGUAGACAGCAAUUCCAGCGUGUUAUAGCAGGGAUCUUUGCGGACUCUGUGGUUAGCAGAAAUUUCCAAUUUUCCUUACAUGGUUAUCUCUGACUGAGAGAGCGAUCAUAACCAUGCAAAUGUCCGUCCAGCUCUCGAAUAACAGAAUCCCUCGGCUAUUUAUUAUCCGUCUGUCACACCAUGCGUCUGUCACACCAUCACGAUUAUCAACGUCUGUCACACCAUCACGAUUAUCGACGUCUGAAAAUUCAAUAAAUUGUGUAAUACUC